AUGCCCCUCAGGUCACCUCAUAGUUUUCUAGUUGGGCCACCAGGGAUUCUGAUGCUCUGGAUCCCUGGAACAACUGGAGAUAUUGUGCUGACUCAGUCUCCUCUCUCCGAGCCCAUCACCCCUGGAGAGUCAGCCUCUAUCUCCUGCAGGGCCAGUCAGAGCCUCCGACACAGUGAUGGAAAGACAUACUUGUAUUGGUUUGUGCACAGGCCAGGCCAGGCUCCACAGAGCCUAAUAUAUCAGGUUUCCAACAGGGACACUGGGGUCCCAGACAGGUUCAGUGGCAGUGGAUCAGGGACAGACUUCACACUGAGAAUCAGCAGGGUGGAGCCUGAGGAUGCUGGGGUGUAUUACUGCUGGCAACUUACACAAGCUCCUCCCACAUCACUGUGGUACACGUUCGGCGCCGGCACCAAGCUGGAGAUCAAACGGGACGUGGCUAGACCAAGUGUCUCCAUCUUCCCACCAUCUUCGGAGCAGUUGCAGUCCGGAGGGGGCACGGUCGUGUGCUUUGUGAAUGACUUCUACCCCAGAGACAUUAACGUGAAGUGGAAGGUGGACGGCUCCUAUCACAACAGCAAUAUCCAGAACAGCUUCACGGAGCAGAACCCCACGGACAGCACGUACAGCCUCAGCAGCACCCUGUCGAUGACCAGCACAGAGUACAACAAUCACAACACCUACACCUGCGAGGUCAGCCACAGCAGCCUGCCUGCGCCCAUUGAGAAGACGGUCAGAAGGAACGAGUGCUAGAGUCAGAGGCCGCACCCUCCCGCCGCAGGCCUGGGCCCUCUCCCCACGAGGGACCCACCCCAGCUGCAGUCCUCCUCCCCCUCCCCACCUCACCCCUCCUCCUCCUUGGCUUGAAUCAGCUGGUAAUGGGGGAACAACAAAUAAAAUCAAUCUUUGCACCUGA